AUGUUUGCACGCCGUCUUCGUCUGGGGAGAAUGACGUCUUCAACCCGUGCAGCUGCGCAGAGGACAGCUGCGAUUCACAAGCACAUGUCCUCCAGCGCGCCCGACCAGCCGUCCGAUGAGCCGCUCGUGGUGUUCAAGUCGGACGGCUGUCUGAGGUCGUAUGCGCUUAAUCGGCCGUCAAAACUGAACGCGCUCAAUCAGCCCAUGCUAGAUCUCCUGAGGCCACAAAUAGAGGAGUGGAGCAAAGGCGAUCUCCCGGGUGUCAUUGUGGGUACAGGUAUUGGCAGAGCAUUCUGCGCGGGCGGUGAUGUAGCGACCGUUGUUGAGGACGCCGCGCAUCCGGAUACGCUCCCCAAAGCGAUCAGGUUUUUUUCGCAGGAGUUUGAGUUGGACCACAUACUGGCGACUAUGCCCAAGCCAUAUAUUUCCAUCAUGGACGGAAUCACGAUGGGCGGCGGUGUCGGGCUUGGCGUGAACGCGCCUUUUCGGAUAGCGACCGAAAACACGAAUUUCGCCAUGCCCGAGACUAAGAUCGGGUACUGCCCCGACGUUGGCGCGAGCUUCUUCCUCUCGCGCGUCGACGGCGAGAUCGGAACAUACCUCGGGCUUACCUCCGAAAGCCUGCGCGGCCGAGCGGCUUUCGAGCACGGCUUUGCUACUCACUUUGUCCCCGCGCGCCGGAUCCCAGGCCUGCUCGAGCGCCUCGCGGCGAUGGACGCACCAUCGUACGCGCAAAUCGACGCGCUGCUCGAGGAGCACCGUGCCGAGCGCAUGCCGGGCGAGCCGAGCAGUCCUCUCGUCGGCGCGGUACGCGUGGCGCUCGACGCGGCGUUCAGGCACGAUACAGUCGAGGAGAUCGUAGCAGAGCUGGAGACGCUCGCAAGUGGCAGCGAGCACGCAGCCGUCCGCGAGUGGGCGGCGAGCACACUAGAGGCGCUUGCCCAGCGGAGCCCAACGAGCCUCAAGGUCGCGCUGGCCGCCGUGCGAAAGGGCAAGGCGAUGACGCUGCUCGAGGCGCUGCAGAUGGAAAUGAACAUUGCGUCGGCGUUCUGCCACGGCGUCAGCCCUGACUUCCGCACUGGCGUCACGGCGGUGAUGGUGACGAAGCUGAAGGGGCGGCCAGAUUGGUCCCCUGCGACGCUGGACGGCGUGUCGGACGCGUGGGUACGGAAGGAGUUUUUCGAGACGUACAACCCGGACCAGGGAACCGCCCCACGGCUGGCGUCUACAGUUUCGUCGGCGAAGGGGGCGGUCGAUCCGAUGCGAUACGCGCUGCCGACAGAGGAUGAGAUUCGACAGAUGGUGGACGGGAGCCAUAGGAGUAGUGGGAGCACGGUGGUGACAUUGGAAGAGCUGGUGAAGAAGUUUGAGGAGCUGAAACGAGGCAAGUCGGGCGUUCGGGAGAAGGUCCUCGAGGUAGUGCAGCGGCGGUGCACAACGGAGGAGGACAAACAUCUCGGCCAGAAGUGGCUUGUGUGGAAACACUAG